AUGGAUAGAUACAUAAUAAAGGUGAGCAAUCCGAAGCCUGAAUCUCCCGUCAACGAGAAUGAAAUCCGUAUUACUUCUCAGGGGUUGCUCCGUAAUUACAUCACCUACGCCAUCACCCUUCUUCAGUUUCUUCCUCAGGAGAGACAGGUAAACGAGAUUGUAUUGAAAGCAACGGGCCAGGCGAUAAGCAAGACCGUAGCUAUGGCAGAAAUCUUAAAGAGAAGAAUCCCCCAACUUCAUCAGUACAUUACAACCAGUUCGGUGAAGAUAACCGACACCUUUGAACCAAUCGAAGAGGGCCUUCAAACUCUGGAUCAAACUCGCCAUGUCCCGAUGAUUUCAAUCACCCUGUCUAUGGAAGAGCUUAACCUUAACAAGAAUUCCCCUGGCUCUCAAUCUCCAUCUCAAGUGGACCAAACUAAGCAGCAAAACAAUUAUCGGAGGCAGCAUUACAAUUAUCCGCCACCGCACGAACAGCUACCUCCUAGACACGAAUGUGAGAUGUACGACUCUAGUAAUGGAGGUGUUGGAUAUGGAAGAGGUAUAGGUGGAGUUACUAGAGCAGGCUAUAGCAGAGGCCGUGGAAGGAUGGGCAGCCGCCCGAGGGGUGGCGGCUGAGUAUAGUCGGAAGUCGGUUUUGUUGUUUGCUUUGUGCAGGCUUCAGUACUUGCACAAUAGUUAAGAUGGUUUUCAAUUGUGGCUUAUUUAACAAGGGUGCUCUGUUUCAGGUAUUUGUCUUUCAUUAUGAGGCAAUAGCAAUAGCAAUAGCAACCAUUUUCUGACUUCUAAGUUUCAUUUAUUAUAGAUUAUUUACACAUAA